UUGGCCCUUUCUCUCCCCGGCACCGUGCGGCGGCGGCGGCCAGAGCAGAGGCGAGCGCAGGAGCCCGCGGCCCGGACGAUGAAGUGCAAGCCGAACCAGACGCGCACCUACGACCCGGAGGGGUUCAAGCAGCGCGCAGCGUGCCUGUGCUUCCGGAGCGAGCGCGAGGACGAGGUGCUGCUGGUGAGCAGUAGUCGCCACCCGGACCGCUGGAUCGUGCCGGGCGGGGGCAUGGAGCCCGAGGAGGAGCCGGGCGGCGCGGCCGUGCGGGAGGUGUACGAGGAGGCGGGCGUCAGGGGCAAGUUGGGCCGGCUCCUGGGCGUCUUCGAGCAGAACCAAGAUCGCAAGCACAGAACGUACGUGUAUGUACUGACUGUCACUGAGAUUCUGGAGGACUGGGAAGACUCGGUGAGCAUUGGGAGGAGGAAGCGAGAGUGGUUCAAAGUCGAAGAUGCCAUCAAGGUUCUCCAGUGCCACAAGCCCGUGCAUGCCGCAUAUCUGGAGAAACUAAAGCUGGGCGGUUCCCCAACCAAUGGAAACUCCAUGGCCCCGUCCCUGCCAGAGAGCGAGCCCUAG